UCUUUGUGGACUCUACUCCAUCUUGUUUUAUCCAUCUUUCGUCGGUAAAGGGAAACGACAACCUUCCGUAUGAAUCCCAAUGAUACCCAUCAAAAUGGAAAGGGUCUAGAGCAGCAGUUUGCUGGGCUAGACUUGAACGGCGCCAGCCGAGGCCGUGGUCGCGGUGAUUGGACUGCCCAGGCUUUCCCAGCUGGGCCACCUAACAAUGGCCAAUUCCGACCAAACAACCGAUAUCCGCCUGAGCAAAUCGUAUUCUACGGGCAAGGUGCCGCUCCUCAGGCAGGGCGCUAUGUCCCCCCUCACAUGCGAGGAGGACCCCAAGGGAUAAUGACUCCCCAGGUCCCCCCACCAAUGCCACCCCCACAACCACAACAGCAGAGAGGUUGGGGUGGUGGGCGAGAAUACGGUCAGCAGGGGGGUGAUGGAAGAGACGGUAGCUAUCGUGGAGGUUACAACAGCAGUCCGGGAGGUUACCGCGGAGGUUACAGUGCUCCCAUGCCUGGGCCUCAGGGAAUUCCAGACCAGGGUGGCUACAACACCUUCAACCGAGGCGGGAGACAGGGCGCCAGCUUCAGCAACUUCAAUAACCGACGAGGAAGUGGUGGAAACUUCCAAAGAAAUGACAGACCCGACAACAGAUGGGGUGGAGAACAGUAUGACCGGCAGGGGAGUCUUCCCCCACAGCCUGUGGGAAGCAGCCGAUGGGACGCCCUGGCCGAGGACCGCACCCCACGUAAACGAGAGUGGGGCCACAACAAGUGGGACAACAGAACUGACGGCGACGCAUGGGCCGGCCGUAAUGGGAACCAGGAUAUCCGCAACGAAGACUGGUCUAUCCCUUUGCCGAAAAAUGAACGACUUGAACAGGAGCUAUUUGGAUCAAGCAGCACUGGCAUCAACUUUGAGAAAUAUGAUGAUAUUCCUGUUGAUGCUAGUGGAGAGAACCUUCCCAGAGCUGCUGACAGUUUUGAGGACUGUGAACUUGGUGAGAUCAUCAGGAACAAUAUUGCACUGAGCAAGUACACUAAGCCAACCCCUGUGCAGAAGUACUCAAUCCCAAUCGUACUAGGCCACAGAGAUCUGAUGGCAUGUGCCCAGACAGGCUCUGGCAAAACUGCUGCUUUCCUUGUGCCCAUCCUCAACCAGAUCUACGACAAAGGACCUGGUCAAGUCCCUCAACAGCAGCAGCGACAAUACGGCAAGCGUACUAAGCAGUACCCCAUUGCCUUGGUUCUCGCCCCCACAAGAGAACUGGCCUCUCAGAUCUACGAUGAAGCCAGAAAGUUUGCUUACAGAUCCCGAGUUCGGCCAUGUGUGGUGUAUGGAGGUGCGGACAUUGGCGCACAGAUGAGAGAUCUAGAUCGUGGAUGCCACAUGCUCGUGGCAACCCCUGGCCGUCUUGUCGACAUGGUGGAGAGAGGCAAGAUUGGGCUUGAUUACUGCAAGUUCUUGGUUCUUGACGAAGCUGAUCGUAUGUUGGACAUGGGUUUUGAGCCCCAGAUUCGUCUGAUAGUGGAGAAAAAUGGCAUGCCUGCAUCCGGAGAACGACAGACCCUCAUGUUCAGUGCCACCUUCCCCAAGGAGAUCCAGAUCCUAGCCCGUGAUUUCCUGGAGAACUACGUGUUCUUGGCUGUGGGCCGAGUUGGCAGUACCAGUGAGAACAUCACGCAGAAAGUGGUGUGGGUGGAGGAGAACGAGAAGAGAUCCUUCCUCCUUGAUCUUAUCAAUGCAUCAGGCAUGUUCACUACAGGUCCCGAGUCCCUCACCUUGACCUUCGUCGAGACCAAGAAGGGUGCCGAUGCACUGGAGGAGUUCCUGCAAAAGGAGGGUUAUCCUGCUACCAGUAUCCAUGGCGACCGGUCGCAGCGCGAGAGGGAGGAUGCAUUGAAGGUGUUCCGUUCAGGAGACAGGCCGAUCCUAGUAGCUACUGCGGUUGCUGCAAGAGGUCUUGAUAUUCCCAACGUUCGUCACGUCAUCAACUUUGAUCUGCCAAGUGACAUUGAAGAGUAUGUCCAUAGAAUUGGGCGUACUGGACGUGUCGGCAACCUUGGUCUUGCCACGUCUUUCUUCAAUGAGAAGAAUAAGAACAUUAUCCGUGACCUGCUGGACUUGCUAGUGGAAGCCAAUCAGGAGGUUCCAACUUGGCUCGAGUCCAUGGCUCACGAGGCUCGUUCAUCUGGCGGAACAAGCAGACGUGGCGGUGGGAGACGCUAUGGAUCUGGAGGAUUUGGAGCUCGUGAUUACCGUCAACAGAGUAAGCAGGGUAAAUCUGGGGGCUUUGCGACCCCUGGGUUCCAGCAGCAAGGCUUCAACCACUACAACCAGUACAACCAGUACAGCAACUAUGGAGGAGCGUACAACCAACAGCCAGCUGCUAACGACUGGUGGGGCAACUAAAUCACUGCUGACCUCCACGUGCUGGAACAGGAGACAAAGCUGCAGUUGUCUCCCUUCAACUCCAGUUUGGUUUUUGUCAGUGCAGUUACCUCCCCUUCUCACAUAUUGCUUGGAACGGUGCACUUUGUUAUUUUGACUGGCAAACAGUUGAUGGAACCAGUAACAAUUAUUUGACUGAUAUUGUGCAUGAUCAAGACUCGUGUGUGGUCUUGACUUGUGCCAAAGUUAACCUUGCAAGGCAUGCUGACGCCUUGCACUGUUCAACAAUAUCAGAAUGUACCCCUGUGACAGGAUACUGUUACGCUCUGAAGUUACAGAUGAAGAAAACAAAACUGUCAAUUUUUGCAAAUUUUACAUGAAAAUGGCUGGAUUUGUUCAGCAUCUAUUUAGACAGUUGUGCUGUCUUUCAAAAUAUCACUUGUUGGGUGAAAUGUCUUCACUCACUUAAUACAGAUGUGGAAAUUGUGUUAUUUUAUAAUACAGAGAUACUCACUGUUGAUGGAACGACGUUUAGUCCAUCCAACAAUGCUGGAAGACUUUUAUGAGCCUUGUUUUAAAUGUAAUCGUUCAUCUGUUACUACUGGUAAAUUAUCGAAACAAUUGGAAACUCACACGUUUAUACUGGUUCUUCACCUGUUUCCAUCUAAAGAGCCAGGCUUUUUAUUAUCAUCAUUUUUAAAACAAUUUUCUUGGUGUUAUAUUUUAGAUUAGUUUUUGUGUAUAAGAUGCCGUCCUGUGAUAAAUUCAGAUUUGGUCGUGUAUGUGCAAAUCCAAGUCCACUGACAGAUCACUAAUGCAGAAAGUAUUAGUGAUACCUAGAUAGAUGGUUGGUUGUAAGGUGGGACUUAUUAUGGCUGAUCAUAGUCAGCUGACUGUGUUCGACAGAGGGAUGAUUUCCUAAGCCUCAAAGCACAUACGAAGGGAAAACAGAAGCACAGGGUUUUAUAUGUAUUGCCGAACGUUGUCGACUCCUCCCUGAAUAGGGCAUUGACAAACUGAAGUGCCAUAUUUCUACAAAAUGUAAUGUAUUUGUCUUGUUCAUCUCUUAACCUGUGUAAGGUGCGUAAUUAGUCGUACCUUACUACGUGUGACCAGUACAGUUCACACUUGCAAGGCACUUCACGAAGACUUUGUAUGUUAACACAUCUUUACCUCAAAUGCCCUGCCUGAAGAACACCAUGUUCACUCUCAAUGCAUUUAUCCAAGAAGUGUUAACAUAUUUGUUUUAAUCAAAACAUUUUGCAGAUAUUUGUAACUAAUACAUGUAUGGAACUGUGUAGGCCAGGUCGGGCUGUUCUCUGAUUGCCAGAGGUCUCGUUGAUGCAUCGCUGAGCAAGAUUGAAAUUAUUGAGAAUGAUGCCUCACUACAUGUUCACUACUUAAACCCUGUGCGUCGAUUGUGAAACUCUUUCCUUUAGCUUUAAAAGUUGCAUUACAGUAAUCUAUGAAUUAUAUUAUUCGAUAUGUACUAAAUAUGGAGUAAUAAGGUGAAUAGAAGUAUCCAUUCAAUCAGGGGAUACCUCAAAAUGACUGCUCCCAAAUUUUAAGCUAAUGCACCAAACUGUGGUGGCAGGGAUAGAGGUUAUCGGAGAUCAAUUGAGUAGUUAAACAUUUGGAACCAUUUUUGUUGACACAGCAAAAUUGUUCUUUGAGAAUGUUCUAUAUUUCUUUAAUGUUUCACAACAAAUAUAUGCCGUACAUUUAUUCAUAUAAAGGAACCGUCAGUUGAAAUAUUAUGCUUUGUUAUAGUUAGAAUUUAACAUGACAUUCAUUUGCCUCGUAUUCCAUUGUCAUGUGAUGUAUAUAGUCUAACUGUCUGAAUUAACUUUGAAAUUCCACUACCCAUUUCACAAAUGAUCGAAGCCUAUUUAUUUGCAUUUCAAGUGCCAAUUUCCUGUACUCCAAAGUUAGUGCAAUGUGUUAAGAAGUGAUGAUGACGACUAGUGUUUUGUCAUGUAUGGUAGAAUAUGGUACGCUAUACAACAGUAUACAACAGUAUUUAUGUCUAUACAGGAUCAAUCUGUACCUAUAGGCUGGUCCCAUUUAGCUGCAGAGAAACCCUACUGCUAGUGAUAGGACGUUUCAAGUCCGCAACAGUCAAAUUGAUCAUGACAUGAUAAUACAACAUUCCAUGUUAUGUACAACUUCAUAAUACAGCAUAAGUGAUUUUCAUCCAGUAUCAUGUUAUUUUAAUCAACCUCCAUUCAAACUCUUGCCCAUAUAGUCAUUGGAGUUCUUACAUAGAGAACCGAGAAUAUCCAGCACAUAUAGGUGCCUCGAUCUGAGAGACAUGUCAGGCUUGCCUUGGUGAACCUUUUUCAUUCAAAUUGGUUUGAAUAUCACUUAUUUCAUAGCCCAAUAUCUGUGAUAGAUCUUGUUCAUGACAUAGAUAGCCCUAUGUGCAAUUCCCUGUAUGAUGAUCCAUCAGUAUAAUGGCCUUGCCACAAGCAAUUAUGGGGAGUGUUUUGGCAUGAAUUGUAUGGUUGGUUCGUUCAUUAGGCAAGCCUGAAUAAUGGAACUUAAUGUCUCGGAGACUUUGGUGCUUACGUCUUUUUCCCUACCCACUGACUUGUGAAGAAUGCUCCCAUAUUUGUGAGAGUGGGUGCCUGUCUGCCUGCCUGCCUGAAGUGUGCGUGUGUGAACGCGUGUGCGAGCGAGGCUGCAAUUGAGUUGUUGGUAGCUGGCAAGUCUGUCUGGUCCUGCUCAGGGUCGAGCAUUGUUGAUGUCUGAAGUACUUGCAUACUUAUGUUGAUAUCGCCAGGGACCACAUUGAACAAUCUGUGAUGACUAUGAGGGCGUAUUGCGUCAUUCAUUUCUAGCCAACUGCAGAUUAUGGGGUAUUGUGCAUUUUGAAGAGGUACCCAUUCUUUUAUGUGAGCAUUUUACUUGUUGGUAUGAUCUUGAUAUGCUGUUAAUGUUAACUUAUGAUCACAUAGUGAAAUAUUCACUGUUCCUUCCACUCAAAUUUUGGCUGUGUAACAGUCUCCCAUCGUGUAGAUGAAACUCGCUGGCAUCGGUGAGCCUAACAUAUCAUGUCUUUUUAUCAAUACUCGACAUUACUUACUUUACAGGGACGUAGUCUCCACUGUAUGACAUGAUCAGAGUACUUACUUGAAGGAUCUCUGAAUUUUCUUUCUGAUCAUGUAUCAUAAAAGUUAUCAUGGAUUUUAUGAUAAUCAAACUACAUUAUUUUUUUUACAUGUUAUUUUUUAAAAUAAUGUUGCCCUCUUAACUGCGCAAAGAUAUAACAUGUUGAUCCAUAUGUAAAGUUUAAGCUCAGGGAAGCCCUGAACGGGAGUGAGAGCAGGGAUUUUAUUAUUGAUUAGUAUUAUUUGUAUUGUCCUGAACUAGUCAUGUACGAAUGACAGGUACUCCUCCCAACUUAGAUCUGACUGUUACACAGGUCUUGAUUUGCAAUUAGGCUGUUGGUUGCUAUGUGAUCGGCCCCUUUUCACACCAGUAUGAUCCAGUGUCAUUCAGUUUCCCUGCCUGACCUGUGGAUAUUUUAAUGCAUGGUAGGAGAUGUGGCCUUGGCAAAACACAGGUCUUGAUUCUUGGGCAGCCAUGCCAGUCCUAUGUAAUAUCUGAACAAGCUGAAAGAACAACGGAAACUGAACAAGUUUUCUCCUUUUGUUUUAACUAUUUCUUGCCCAACCUUUUCAUGAUCCGAAACAUGGUUAUUUGCCCAAGAACUCCCAAGAAUGUUUUUGCCAUGUAUAUGCGAACAAAGGGUUCUCUGCACAGACAAUGGGAUUGCAGGUUUUUUUUCUAUACAGCAAUACUCUGUAGUAUUUGUUUUUCAUUGUUAUAUGUGAUACUUAAGCCAUUAUCUUAUACAUGUACCAUUUCAUGGUUUUAUUAAAUGGUUGAAUCAAGAACCACGAGGCAAAUUUAUAAAGCACUAAGGAGAGAGUUGAUUUUUAUAUGGGACGGCAUUUUUCUCAUAUUGACAAACUUAUUUAGUUGUGUAAAAGUCUGGCUAACCGUCGAGAUGUUACAUUUGGUCACCUCCAUGUAAAUGGAGUAAUGUGUCGCCCUAACGUAUGCCAUGAUAUUUGUGCUGUAUGUCAUUCUACACAAACACUUGAGUCUAAUGCACUUGGGAGUCCAGAUUGUGUGUUUCAAUCUGUCUCGGUCCAAAUAAUUAUUGAACUUGUCAGAAGGGACAUGUUUGACAGUUUCAGUGUUUGAAGAUUUUUAAACAGCACAAAAUAUUUGUGGUUUGACACCUGAGGUCAGCGAGAUAUGAGAAUGAUUGAGUUGUGGAACACAGUUCAAUGUUUGUUCACAUGAAUAUUUUGUUAUCAUUGAUAGAUCUGAGGUGCAGUAUUUUUAUGAUGUCCUCGAGCAAUGUCUUGAGGUCGGUCAGUCC